UGAACCGACAACACUUGCGGACCUCGAUCCUCGUUGACAAGAGCAUCCACGCAGAGCAGCCCAACUUUCGAAUCAGCCAUCAGAAUGUCUCACUUUGUCGCCACAUUCCUCCUGUGCUGCGCCGCCGUUAUCCUGGGCAGCCAGCUGGCCCAAGCGGCCAUUGCUCGGGCUGACUUCAGCAAUCCCACCUAUCCGGGAAAGUGUGUGCUGGACUCGAACACGGUGAUGUCGCCAGGGCAGAAGGGAAAGGCACCCAACCAUCCAUGCGCCGGCGUCACCUGCAUGGAGGGCGGCCACGUCGUCUUCCAGACUUGUGCCCCCAAGGCGCCACCAAAGGGCUGCAAGCAGCGCGACUUUGUCAACACCAAUCGCCAUUAUCCUGAAUGCUGUGAGCGUUCCUACGACUGCACUAAGCACAUCUAAACAGAGGGGACUCACUCCCCCCCGUCCCCUGUGUUGCGUUGCGUUUCUCAUCGUCUUUUUUUUUUGUGUUUUUUUGUUAAUUUAUUGUGUAUUCUACAACAUAACAGUUAAAAUGUAAACGCUUAGCAGUACAAUUAAAUAAUUUAAUAGAAUCAUUAA